UUAUGCUCUUUUAUUUUCCACUUUGUUGCGGAAAUAUUAGUUAUUAUCAUAAAUUUUUGUUUCUUGAUAAACAUAAUAACGAUAGUAAUAGAAGUAUCUUUAUAAUUUUCAUUAUUACGUAUAUCAAAUAAACCUAAAAAUAUUGUAAUAAUGAUAUUUAUAAUCGAUUCAUUUAUUUUAAUAUGGGAUUCAAAGAAUAUAAACAAUAUUUCUAUUUAUCAUGCUUCAGAUAAACAAUCGACGAAUCUGUCAAAUUGACAAGUUUAUUUGGCAUUAACAUGGCUGCCGAGAUCAAUAGGAAACUGUCAUGAUACAUUUUGUCCAUGCUCAUUGGUGUUAUUAGAUUUUCUAAUAUGUAUUGUACGGAUAUUUUUUUAUGAACAUGAAUAUUUUUUAAAUCGUUAGAAAGGUUAUUCAUAUUUUUCUGAAAAUGUCAUAAUCUUGAUUUAUAAUGGUAGGUGAAAGUGUUCUGAAUAUUUGCCGAUCCGUGAAACGAGGGUGAUUCAUAACAAUGUAAUACAGCUUUACAAAAACGAUAUUUUGUUUAUGAUCGAUUAAAGAUCGUAGAUAUUAUAGGAGUUCCUAAUAUUUAGUAUGAACGUAGACAAUGUACUUAUUUUAGAAAUAUUACUUAAAAAAAUUUAAGAUAUAAUAUUUUUACAUGAUUGUUGUUUCAUACUUGUCUCAUAAGAGAGUAAUUGUUUCUACAAUUUGUGUGAAUAUUUUUCGCUCUUAGUAGUGAAGACAUUGGUAUUACUCAAGGAAAUCAUUGAGUUUCCAAUAGAUGAUAUAUUAAUAUGGACAUUUUUGAAUAUAUUUGCAUAUCUGUGAUUACAUUUGUGUGUGGUAUAAUAUGUACACUUGUGCUGGAAUUUUAUUUAUUCAAAAAAUACUUGGAGCAAGCACCUUUGGAAAGUACACCAAGAAAAUUAAAACACCAUGGCAAGGCUCAGUUACCUAAGGAGUUACUUGACAAAAUUCAAGAUGAAAAAACAAGUUCCAUAAGCAUAUCACGCCAGGGUAUGUGCCAAGGCAAUGAAAACUUGGCAAUAAAUUUAACAUUGCAAUUUUUGUUUAAUGAACUUAGAAAUGCUGAGAGAGUACGCCUUUGGUUGUAUAGAAAGUUAAAUAAUGAGUUCAAAGAAUUAUUAACUCAAUCUACCACUGGCAAAUUGCUAGACAGUGUACAGUUAAGAGACUUGAAUCUGGGUUCACAAUUUCCCACAAUAAAAGGUUUAGAAGUUGCAGAUUCAAAAAUAGAUGCUGAUACAGGUUUAUUGGAGACAUUGGAUUUAUCUUUAGAUUUACAUUAUUCUGGAAAUUUUCAAUUAUCGAUAGAUGUUAAAAUGCUACUGGGAAAGACUGCAUAUAUGGCUUUACAAGUGAAACGUAUCAGUGGCAGAGCUAGGUUGCAGUUUACACGUGUUCCAUAUACUCACUGGUCCUUAAGUUUUUAUUCAGAUCCUAUACUUGAAUUGGAAGUACAAUCCCAAUUUCAAGGUCGUCAAUUACAGCCACAGAUCAUUUCUUUGAUCACAGGACAAAUUCGUAGAGCUGUGCGUAGGAAGCAUACAUUACCUCGCUAUAAAAUGCGUUACAAACCAUUUUUCCGUAGACUAAACGACGAAGCAGUAGAUUUAUCCGAAGUUGCCAAUAUACAAUUGACACCAGGUUAUUUGGAGGUAUCACUGGUGGAAGUGACUAGAUUAAAUCUUGGACCUAAUAUACUUAAUGCAGACGAUAGAUCACAAGUUGAAGUAUAUUGUACAAUAAGCAUAGAUUCAACACCUUGGGUAUAUCUGACUCAAUAUACUGGAGUUCCUUAUAUGGUGUUGGACUUAAUUAUUAGUAAAGUUGGUUCUCAGCAACUUGGCGUAGUGUUUAAGCAAGAAUUUGUGCCAGAAGUAGGUCAUGUAUGUGUGUUAGUCGAGACUAUAAUAGUUGGAAGUCCUGCUGCAAUCGCUGAGAUGAGAAAAGGGGAUAUUUUAAUAGCAGUAGAUGGCAAAAAGGUGUCUAACAUGAAUCAAGUAGCUAAAUUUGUAAAAAGUGCGGUGCAGAGGCGUUUUAUCAUAAGGGUUGAAAGAAAAUAUUCUAAAGCAGAUUCGGACAAACAAGCUAGCAUGAAAUUGGAUAGUGAAAGGAUAUCAGCAGAAAGAGGAGUUGAUAAGAAAACAUUAAAAACUGAUUUUAUAUUUAAUAAGGGAGAUACGCCCAGUGCCGAAGACAGCAAGAUCAAAUUUGAAAGCCAAAUAAAAUUUUCGGAUUUAAAGGAUUGUGAAAAUGAAAUUUCUGACAAAUUGGAAAUGAGUAGUAGACUAUUUAGAAGGAGAAAAAGCAGCGCACAUACCGAUGAUACUACUCAGACACCAGACGCUACCCCCUCCAGAAAGAUUUCAACUACUUCGAAUCAAUCGAUAAUAUCGAGUAGCUCUCAAUUUUACUUUAAUGACGAUAACUAUGUAACAAAUAUAUCAGACUUAUACUAUACUACUAAAGAAAAAGAAUAUGCAUCUUUAAUCACUUUCGAAGAAACUAGGUCUUUUCAAAUUGAUUCAGAACUCCAGUACUUAAAUAUAGGAGUAUGGGGUCGUGUAAGAGGAGGAGAAAUUCAAGCAAAGUUAUUAGGAUAUAUUAAUGUCCCUAUGAAAUUAAUUCUGGCACAAUGUUAUACAUCCUCCACUGGUCAUUAUCUUAAAUGCUAUGCUUUAUUACCACCAGAUAGUGCUUCUUUGGCGACGGUACAUCCAAAACUACAAGGAUAUUCAGGAUUCGACCCAACACUUUGUUAUGGUGAUAUUUUAUUAUCUUAUUUAUGGGAGUCUAGUUACCCGAAUCGUCAUAUAACUGGUGAUUCAGGGAAAAAGGAAAGUACAGAAGCUGUCAAAACACAACCACCUUUGAGCGAAGAAAUUUCUGAGAAAAAGCUGCACGAUUUUAUUAGAACUCAUUUUCAUAGAGCAACACACUGCGACUUUUGUACAAAGAAGAUUUGGCUGAAGGACGCAGUGCAGUGCAGAGAUUGUGGUAUGGUGUGUCAUAAGAAAUGUGAAGUUCGUUGUCAAGCAUCAGGAACAUGCGGAGCCGAAAGUAUAACAACAAUGGCAUUGGAAGCAGACGAAAUAGAAUCUACUACUGUUAUUGGGGAAUCAGGUCCAGAGAUUUCUCUAACCAGUUGUGAAGAUAAUGUACAGGGUGCAACUAUGAUGGCCAUGAAGGCUAGUAUAGCUAAUACUCUAUUGGGCCUGAAGAAGGCUGGAAGUACCAGUUGCUUGGCCCCACCGGCUUCCGGUACUGGUCUGGCAUCUAGAAGUCUUCCCCCAAGUCCCUGUGCAUCCCGCAAGAAUUCAUUGGUUGGUGGCUUGGGCAUAAGUCCCGAUCUCUUGGAGGGUGCUGAACCUAGCGUGGCAGCUCCUCUAGUAGCUGGCGAUUUGGACGAUGGUCUUAUGUCUAGAGCUAAAGAUACCGGCAAGUUUCUGUACAAACAUUUGGAGCCACUAGAACGCGUUGAAAAAAUCAAUGUCAUGAUGGGGAAGCUGAAAACUGCGCUCGACGCGGAAACUGCCUCAAGAUUGGAAUUAUCACAAAGCGGAGAAAUGGACAGUAUUAAAUUAAUUGCACAAAGCGAUUUACGAGUGCAAGCACUUAGUGUCUUACUAUUGCAUUAUUGCGCUGGAUUGCAACACGCGCAAGAAGCAUUAGACCGAUCUCAAAGAAACAGAGAGUCCCAACAAGCUUAACUUCAAUGAGAAAAUGCCAACAAAACUAUCGAUAUACAUUCCAAUACCGCGUACAUUCUAUUUCACUUCACUGUCUGUUUAAUACAGAAAUCGUCGAUAACUUUGGUCGAUUAUAAAUAUCCGUUCAGGUAUCUGUAUCAUAUAUAUACGUACUUACAAUUGUACGUAUUAUAUGGUUGCUUUGAAAUUUCUCUAUAAAUCGUUCAGCGACAUUCAUGUUAAUAGGCCUCUAGAUAAUACUCGUAAAUUUUACCGUGAUACCUUCAUAGUUUACCAGAGAACACCAAAUAUUAAGACUUGUAUUUACAGAUUCUAUGUAUACUCGUAGAGAACAGAGUACAACGUAUACCAGCUGUGUUUACGCAUAGAGUAUUUUCGGCGGUGUAGGUAAAUAGUUGUGUUAUAGAAUGAUUAGGAUAACAAAAACGGGAAAAUAGUGUCUUGAGUUUAAGUGUAAGGUAGUGAGUAAUUAGAUAUUUAAUUACAGUAUUCGAUAGUUUUGCGGAACAGAUAUUAUUCUCUUUCAUAUCGAUAUAACGAUUGACCUUCGAUUAUGAGAUUUAAAUAAUUCAGAAUAGAUUUUAUUUCUUACUGAAUCGUAUUUUACUUAUCUGUAAGCCGGCUGCAACGAAAUACAUUAAUUGCGACUGAUUUAAAAAAUAUCAACGUUAGUAUUAUCUACAUACGAGUAUGAAUGAAAUACACGAUACGGUAGAAUUCCAUCCAUAGAUAACACGAAUAGAUAACAUCGAGGUAUUGAUAUAUACAUAUAUUUCAUGGCUUUAACAAGAUAUUACGAUCUAUUGUUAGUAUGUAAAAUAAAUAUAAGAAAAUCAAUAUAGAUUAUUGAACGAGUGUUCAGUGAUAAUUUGUACUCGUAUUAUUUAAGACUAAUAUCAAGAUUAACGAAAACCGUUUCUUGAGCGAUUAUUCUCUUGAAACACGCUGUUCCAAGCGAUGAUUUAAGUAUCGAAAAUGUUUCGUUCGUCCAACGAGAAAUAUAUGCGAAUAAAUGCGAAAUCGGGUAGACGUCCGUUUAUAUCUAUCGGUGACGAUGAUCUUUCCGUUUAAACUACGUGGAAGAUCCGAAUUCUUGGUAAAUAUGAAAAUACUCGAAAAACGGAGACGCAGUAACUUGCGAGCGCACAAAGAGUCAACGUCAGAGCCAAAGAUUUUAUAGGGCCAAUGUUCGCGGUCAAACAGAGACGUUUUGCGAAGAUUUUCCGCAGAUUAUAAUCGCGGGAGGCCAGAUUGCAUCGUAAAAGCAAGGAAGAAGAUAGCUUGUAGUAUAAAAUUUUCAACAAUUCGGAUGUCAUUUUGUUUUUCACUUGAUCGUGAAUCAACGAACGCCCGCGGUCAACCCUAUUGUAUUCCCCGUGCGAUACUUUUCAUUUGCACACGGGCGUACGACUUCCCAAGAUUCAGAAAAAUUUACUGCGCGAAUUAUUCGUGGAACAUGAUGUUUCUUUCCGACACGUGUUGGCAGAUCACAGUUGGCGUAAAAUCAGAACUCGGCAGUCUUGACCGGAUGUAAAAUUACGCGUCGUUUUAAAAACGUAAAGUCAUCGAAUUCACAAAGAGAAUGUAUGUAUGUACGCGUAUCGAGCAAAUGUUUUACGUUCAUUAUUACGAAUUAAAAGGUCGAUCAAGGAUCCUUCUUUAAACAUGAAAUGGGUCUGUUGGAGACUGAAAAACCGCGAACAUCUUCCUUGUCGAUAUAUGAAAAUGUACCAUUUACAUAUAUAUAUAUAUAUAUAGAAAGAGAGAGAAGAGGAAGAAAUCAUUUGGGGGGCAGAGAGAAAAAGAGGGUAUACACGUGCAUGGACCGCGUGCAUCGAUCUCAGCACGAUACAGCGUAGCUUAUAUCUCGCGCACGUUCAUGCGAGAGUCAAUACGAAUACGACGACUGAAAAGUCAUGGGGGAUUUUGGCCCGCGAAUCUAUUCUCGUCCAUGAAAUGCACGCGCAGUAUCCUCUGGCCACGUGCCAAACAUACCGAAGAAUCGUAUAAACAUUUUAUCCCUGUUGGGCACUGGACUCUGCAAUGAAUGAAGAGAAAAGAUCUGCAUGGAAAAGUAAAGACGCGAUUGAUUUUUCUUAAGUACCUCUCCGCGCUAGUUCACCAUUAAAUCAGGGAUAAUCGGAGAUUCAAAUCUACUAUUUUUUUUUUCUUUCCAUAGUUUGGUGAGAAUAUUCGAUACGAUUGGUAACGGAUGAGUCAUAAAGAUUUUCUUUUCCAGAAUACCGCGUGAUCGAACGAACGAGAGAUUCUUUCGGGAGAAAGGCGUAGAAAUACGUUGUUUAAUGCGGUGAAACGAAUACGCUUUUCGAUCUCGCGACCUCAGCCAAAACACGCGCAUUCGAUGUUUUCUUUUGUCUGAAAAGAUGCCCUGGCAGUAUCACUUAUUCCAGAUGCUCCUUCUAGCUGUUUAUUAUCACGAUGAAACGACGACGCACGUGCCCGUAUGCAAUCUUUUUUGUAAACCGUCACUUAACGGAAGAUUAAUUGUAUUUUAUAUUUUCGAAUAUUUCUCGAUGAAAUGUUCGAUAUCCUUUCCCAUAGAUCGUCAACUCUUGUCCAAGAUAACGAACAUAUAUUUAGCAAGUCUGUCGAUCGAUUUUCUUUUUAUAGUCUGUUCCAAAGAAAUACGUCGAGAAAUUUUCCGAAUGGUAACGCGUGUUCGUUUCCAUUGUCGUGCGAAACGGGUACGUGCCAUUUUUAUAUCGCGUUGUUUGCGAAGAGAUACAUACGAAGAAAAAUGAAACAGAAUGGUUACUGGAAAAGUUCGCCACCGAUGAACGGACGGGCAAUAAUGAACGUCCGCAAUGGCGCAGUAGGCAUCGUGCCGAACGGAUGGUUCGUCGUAUUUUCGACCUUGGAUUUAGACGAUGUUUCGAAUGAAGAUUUUGCGAACAGGAAUGGAAAGGUGAACGGAAAGAGCGGAACAAAGCUUUCGUCACGAAAAAAGGAGCGGAAGCGUAUGAAAUUCGUGUGCGUUGAACAUUUUUCAUUUUGAACCUUGUUCGCUUCCUCGUCCUUACCGCGUGAGCUACGCCGCUAAUUGCACAUUUAUGUAACGACGCGAUUCGAUAUACAUAUAUAUAUAUAUAUAUAUAUAUAUAUAUAUAUAUAUAUAUAUAUAUAUAUAUAUAUAUAU